UAUGAAGCUGAAGAGGUUUCUAUUGAGAUACUAUCCUCCUGGAAUAAUUUUAGAGUAUAUUAGAAGUAAUGGAGAAUAGGAGACAAAGUCUAUAGAUUUAUUAAAUCUUAGCAAUGAGUAUGAAUGAUUAUAUAUGGAUAGCACUGAUGUAGAUCAAUUGGUUGAUGAAAUAGUAAUGGAGGAACCUAUUAUAUCAGAAAAUAGAAAGCCAUAAUUAGCAGCAUUGAUUCGAAGUAUGAACACAAUUAAUAUAGAACUAAUUGAGAAGAUAGAAUCAAAAAAAGAACAAUCAUUUGAGUUAUUCAAGACAUUGAAAGCACAUAUGUUACCAUUAACAAAUUGUGCAUUCAAUAAAAAUGGUGAUAAGUAUUGAUUACACUAUGUAGAUUCAUUACAGGUAGUUAUGAUAGAACAUGUAAAGUAUGGGACACAUUCACAGGAGAAUAAUUAGUCUCUUUGGAAGGUCAUAAGAAUGUAGUAUAUUGUAUAGCAUUCAAUAAUCCUUUUGGGUAUUAUAAAAUAAUCAAAUCAUUAUAGUGAUCGUGUAGUAACAGGUUCAUUUGAUAAAACUGCUAAAAUUUGGGAUGCUAAUUCAGGAAAGUGUUUAUAAACUCUAGUAGGUCAUCAAUAUGAAAUAGUAUGCAUUUCAUUUGAUCCUCAUUCUUUACUUGUAGGAACAGGAUCUAUGGAUAAAACUGCAAGAUUAUGGGAUGUUGAAUCAGGUAAAUAAGUAGCUAGAUUGGAUGGACAUGAAGGUGAAAUUGUUAGUUUGCAUUUUAAUUCUGAUGGUGAUAAAUUACUUACAGGUUCUUUUGAUAAAACUGCUAUGGUAAAUACAGAUUAUAUAAAAUCUAGAUUUGGGAUGUAAGAUCUGGAGAAUGUAUUCAUAUUCUAGAUGAACAUACAGGAGAAAUCUCUAGUACUUAAUUUGAAUUUACAGGAGAUUAUUGUGCUACUGGAUCUAUAGAUAAGUAAUCUUUUAUAUUUUCAUAUUUAGAACUUGUAAAAUAUGGGAUAUUAAAACUGGAAAGUGUAUUGAAACUCUUAGGGGACAUCAAGAUGAAGUUUAAGAUAUCUGUUUUAAUUCUACAGGUUUCUAUUUAUUUAUUUAUUAUUCUAAGGAACUAGAUUAGUUACUGUUUCUGCUGAUGCAACAGGCAGACUCUACAAUGUCCAUUCUGGAUAAUGUAUUGCUUAACUCUUAGGACACAAAGGAGAAAUCUCUAAAGUUGCAUUUAAUCCAUCUGGAAAUAAAAUCAUUACUGCCAGUGCAGAUAAUACUUCAAGAAUUUUGUAAUCUUUAUACUUAAAACUUUCAGCUCAGAAACUGGAGAGUGUCUUCAAGUCUUACAAGGUCAUACUGAUGAAAUAUUUAGUUGUGCAUUCAAUUAUGAAGGAGAUAUCAUUAUCACCGGAUCUAAAGAUAAUACAUGCAAAAUUUGGAAAGAAGUUAAUCUUUAGGUUAAAAAAUGA